CGGCGGCGGGCGCGGCGCGGGGCUCGGGGCCGGCGGGCGGCCGGGCGGCGCGGGCCGCCGAGUAGCCGCGGGCGGCGACGGGGCAUGCGGCCGGCCGCCGGACCCCCAGCCGGACCCCGAGCCGGACGCCGAGCCGGAGCUGCAGCCCCGGCCCCAGCCCCAGCCCCAGCCCCAGCCCCGGCCCCGGCCCCGGCCCCAGCUCCGCGCCGCGCCCGGCGCGCCUAGGAGCGGGCGCCUUCCGAGCGCCGAUCAGGGAGCCCGGAGUCCCCGCGUCCCCGCAGCCCCCAGAACCCGGACAACUGUUGCGGCGGCGGCAGGGGCAUCGCGGGGGCGUGGGCAGCCCCCGCACCCCAGCAGGCGGCUCCCGCGGGCGCCGGCUCCCGGCUACGAAGCGAGGAACGAGCGGGCGGCGGGCACGAGGCAGCUCUGGACGGAUCAAUGCAAGCCAGACGAUGACCAGUUGUGGCCAGCAGUCCUUGAACGUGCUCGCCGUCCUCUUCUCAUUGCUGUUUUCUGCAGUCUUGUCUGCACAUUUUCGGGUCUGUGAACCAUACACAGACCACAAAGGCCGCUACCACUUCGGCUUCCACUGCCCCCGGCUCUCGGACAACAAGACCUUCAUCCUCUGUUGUCACCAUAACAACACGGUCUUCAAAUACUGCUGCAACGAGACGGAGUUCCAGGCGGUGAUGCAGGCGAACCUCACGGCCAGCUCCGAGGGUUACAUGCACAACAAUUACACCGCCUUGUUGGGAGUGUGGAUCUAUGGAUUUUUCGUGUUGAUGCUGCUGGUUCUGGACCUUUUGUAUUACUCGGCAAUGAACUACGACAUCUGCAAGGUCUACCUGGCACGGUGGGGCAUCCAAGGACGAUGGAUGAAACAGGACCCCCGGCGGUGGGGGAACCCUGCUCGGGCCCCUCGGCCGGGUCAGCGGGCCCCACAGCCGCAGCCUCCCCCAGGCCCGCUGCCACAAGCCCCACAGGCCGUGCACACGCUGCGGGGAGAUGCUCACAGCCCACCGCUGAUGACCUUCCAGAGUUCGUCUGCCUGAAAACCCUUUUGCUGUGCCUCAGGAUGGGAGAGAUGAGAUCUGAAGCACCCGGUGCAGCCUCCGAGAAGAACAACUUCUACAGAGAUGCCAGGGACAGCCGAGGUAGCGGCGGUGGCAGAGGAGGAAAUGCUGCCUGUGCCCAAAGCCCCCUUCCGCGGACUUCUAAGAUUAGGAGCAAACUCAGGGGUAGGGGCUGGGGGUGCAGGGGAGGGGAUUCUGAGCCACCUGUCCGCAAGCAAUAGUCCUAUUUUGGGCUGGUGGCUUCUGAGAGGUGACUCAUUGUGGACUCAGGAUGACCAAGACAAAGCAACUCUGGCUGAUUCCAGCCAGGAGGAUUGAGGCCUGUGAGUUAUACCCGUGGUUGAAAACCGAAGCUUCCCUUGCCCCUGCUCCCUCCAGUAGUGGCCUCUUGGGGCUAUUUGUGUCAGAAUAUUGAAUGUGCGUGUGUGUGUGCGUGUGUGAUUUGGGGUGUUCUUUUUGUUUGGUUGGUUUUUAUUGGGGCUUCCCCCCUCAAGUUCUCUGAUGGGCAUGAGUCACCCUCUGGCUGGGGGUUCUCAUCUGUGUCAAUGUCCGAGCUGCAAGCUUAUUGCUAAGCACAGGGUACGGCCCCUCUGUGUCUCGGGGAGCACUGGGGAUUUGAAAAUGCCAGUCAGGGUUGUUUCUUACAGAAUUCGUUCCUGUAACAAUAGUAAUACUAAGGGAUGCAUCUCAGGCUGACCACAGGGCAGGUGCCAAGUUAAGUGUUUUCGUGCACUCUCUCUCUCACCACCUGGGAGGCAGGAAUGAUUAACCCCCUGCAGAAAAAGCUCACAGUGGGGAAGGGGUGCCGGAACCCAAAGUCCAGGCUCUAACUCCCUGGAUGUGACAUGCUCCCCAGCCAGGGUACGCCCUGCACAAUGCUGGAAGCAUCUCCUUGAUGCCUCCACCAUCACCGCCUGGAGCGCUGAUCCACUCAGCACAUUCUGGCUAAGCAUCUGCUGUGUGCCAGGCCCCAUGCUGGGCAGUGAUAGGAACGAAAGAUGAGUUAGAUCUCAUCUCUGCCCCUGGGGAGCCUCCCAUCUGGUGGGAGACACAGACACGUGGAUCUUUGCUGGAAAGGGUAACAAGGCUAUGGAAACCCAGGCAGGAGGGUUCUAGAAAUCCAUCCACUUUCAAGUGGGACUUCCACGUAAACCUAGAUGCCCGUAACAUCCACCCACCGAGCUAAUCACCCCCACUCCUGCCCCGCUGCCCUGGGGCACCUAUGAGAUGGCAUCACCUAAAUCAUCACAAACAUCUCCAAAGGCCACGCUGCCAGUGUAGACACACUCAUUCCAUGGGUGUUAGUGAUACCAAAUCUCCCCCCAGCUCUUAGCUCGGGAGGCCCUGCUUGAUAAAUGUGUGUGUCCUCUGACCCAGUUUCCUCAUUUCAUCAGACCUAGUGUUCUCACACUGACCACCCAUCCAUUCACCAGACACGACAGUGAGCAAGGCAGGUCCCUGCUCACUGUGCUAGCUUUCUAGCUGGGGCAGGAAGACAGUGAAGAAGGAAGGUGGCAAAGGCAGUGAGUGCUCUGCCGGGAACUCAGUGCCAGGAACUCAGUUCGAGGGACACGUGAGUGAGACCCUUGUGGACCUGGGGUGGUCUAGGAAGGCCACCUUGAGCAGAUGAUUGAAGCCCAGAUUUGAAUGACACACAGGAGCCAGUAAUGGGCGCUAAAGAUAGGAAAAGAGCAUUCCAGGCAGAAGGAACGGCUAGUGCAAAGAUCCUGCGGCAGCCACAGGCUUGGUGGUUUCAAGGAAGCACAAGAAAGCCAGGUGGCUGGGGACCCAGAGGGAAGGCAGAAGGAGAUGAGGGUGAUAGUGCCCGGCUCUGGGCUCUGCUGUGAGUCAAGCUGUGCAAACACAAUGUCCUGCCUUUGGACAAGCAGAACAAACUUGCUAGGGCAUAAAGCAUCCUCCAUUCUGCCUGGCUGUCCAUCCUCUCAACAGCCCCAUGAAGAAGGGGCUCUCCCCAUUUUAUGGACAAGAAGACAGACUCAGCUGGGUCAAGUGGCUUGCCCAGGAUCACACAGCUCGGCGGUGGAAGACCCAGGCCCCUGGCUUCAGUCUUUGGGUCCAGCUGUGUCCUCCAGGCAGUGCUGCCAGUGUCCAGGCAUAUGGCUUGGCAAAGUGGGAGAACCUCUGCUUGGGGUCUCGAUUAGAGAAAGGAAUGGCUUCCUCUCCCCUGAUGUGAGCUGUCCCAGGGCCAUGUUGCUGUAAGGGGGUGCACAGCCUGUCCACUAGCCCAGCUGCGGAAGCCACAGCUGUGUCCCAUGUGCAGUGCCUCAGAAGGCAGAGGAAACCUUGAGGUGGGGGACCAAGACCCAGAUUCUGACAUCAGCUCUGCCACUGAGAACAGCGUGACCUCAGGCAAGGUCUGUUCUCAGGCAAGGUCUGUUACCUCAGUUUCCCCAUCGGUAAGAGGAAGGAGUCAGAUGGGUAUUUAAGGAGUUUGCAACCCUCAUGUGCAACCCUCGUGUCCUGCUGUCCUGGACGACGCUCUGUAGGUGCUUCCUCUGCCAAAAAGGAACUGGUGGCCUUGCCUCCCUCUCCUGGACACCUGGGGUCAAAGGUCACUGCCAAAUAGACAGCUAGAGCUGGGGUUCACCUAAGCCUCCCUUGAGAUGUACAACCUUCUAGGAGGACAUUCCUCCUGCCUGCCCCCCUCCCCCCAAGAGGUCUUUUCAGGAAUAACUGAAAAACCCACGGGGUUUGUGGUCCUGCUGCUCUGCCAAGUCCCUCUUGGGCAGCUGGGCUGAGGACUGGAACAUUCUGUGGCAAGCAGGAGGCCUCAGCAGAGAUCACCAAGACCCAGCACACCUGGUACAGACAGCCUGCGGCAAAGGCAGGUGCAGAGUGCAGACAGCCACAGCAUCCUCCUUCCUGCAGGUCACCCCCACGAGCCACUUAACCUCUCAGAGCCUCUGCUUCUCACCUGUCAAGUGUGUGAGGUAGGGUACCAGGUAGUCACGGUACUUGCUGUCUCACAGAGGCGCCGACAAGUGAGAACAGUGUGCAUGUGGGUGUGAACACUCAGUGUGGAAAGCAGGUGUGUGUGUGUAUUCAAUCCCCCAAUGGUGUCAAGGGCUCCUCAAAAUGCCAUGGGUCCCCAGGUCAUUGUGAUAAACACUGUCCCCAUCCUGCUGUGGUUGUGGCUGACAGGUCCCUCAAGGAGUAGACUGUCCCUGAGAACAAGAUGGAUGCAGGGUAGUGACGAGUUCAAGCAUAGCUAGAGUUACUGUUUUUUAGCAACUCAACCUGAUUUUUUAAGCUGCCUACUUUUACUUUUUACUGUGAGCUUCUGUCCAUCACCAUGUAAUUUGUAAUAAUAAUAAUACAAAAAGAAAAACACGAGAGAGAGAAGAGGACAAGAUGUCCACAGAGGAAUCUGCAUUCGAGGCUGUUUGCAGAACUACCGCGUUUGUAAGGACUGUUUCCCACUGGGAACUGUGUGUAAUUAAUGAGCAGUUUUAUGCUUUCCCUCUCGUCUGUGUAUGGUGUGAUUGUUGUGUGUUUCAGAAUCUCUAUUCAGAACCAAUAGCUGGUAAUGCCUGCUGGCUCGCUGCCCUCAAGUUAGCCUCUGAACGUGCCCUGCACCUAGAGAAGCAGCCUUCUCACCCGCCUCGCCUGGCUGCUCCAGCGGCCAGGCCAGCCACCUGACCAUGACCAUUGCUGAUGUGCAACAGGCCUUAAUUGAAAAAAACACACAAGUACAUACAUGCACAUGAAUACAUGUGUGCACAUGCGCGCACACACAGGUGAUUUCACAGGUAGAUCUGGUCCCUCUUGCUGUCUCCAAUGCUCUAGAAAGCAGCAAGUAGGCAGCUGACAGUGUUCCCAGGGUGAGUGGCAUCACCCCUCAUCAUCAGAAAGAUUCAGUCAAAUUUUGGCCCAGAGCUGAAGAGAAGGACUUGGGAAUGUCAGGGAAAACAUGACAGGGAUAGGGGUUAACAGGCUUCUUUGGCCAGGAGAUGGUUUCCAGUUCACCGUCAACCCAAAAGCUCUCUUCAGGUCAUGGCAAACAGACCAGGGCUGUGGGUGUGGCUGUGCUUGGCACUGACUUCCCCCACAGGCCCCUGUCCAGGUUGGCUUAGGAUUCCAGCUGCCAUCCCCAUGCAGGCCCCUCCGCUGGCUCGGCUGCUUUCACAAUCACCAUGUCUGUCUAUUAGAGACUGUGCCAUUCAAGGAGAUGGGGUCCCCGGGGGUGCAGACUUGUAAAAUUUUUUAAUUUUUCAACUUGGCUGAACUGGUCCCCAUCAACAGGAAAAGCCUUUGGAAGUGAAUUUACAGAUUUCUCCCAUGUUUGAAAUUAACAUAACAUGAACCCAGAAGGCAGAGCUUGCAGUGAGCUGAGAUCGCACCAGUGCACUCCAGCCUGGGCAACAGAGUGAGACUCUGUCUAGGUAGGUAGGUAAGAAGGAAGGAAGGAAGAACAGACCUGGAUGGAGUUAUUGGGAACAUGUCUUAUCAAGGUUGAAGGGCCCCCUAUCACUGUAGGGAGACAUCCACAUGGGUUGUUUUCGUCUGCUGUGAAAAUCUAGGAUUGGAAUCAUGGAAGCAAACUGCAGGAAUUCUUAAUCAAUCAUCCUGCUCACGUGGUGGGCAUCAGAGGGUGUCUGCUUGGCCCCCACAGCACUGGGACAGUCAGAGAGGCCAUGAGUGGAUGACGCCCUGAUCACUGGGCUGGGGCCAUGCCCUGUGCCCUCUGGAAGACAAGCCUGCGCACUUACUGUGUGCCAGAUGCCAUGCACAGUGCCCUAGUUCCUUGCUGUAGCACCAACACGUCCUACGCUGGUGCUUAAAUGCACGCAAACAACUUUGGGGGUUGUGGCCCGAAAAGCUCAAAUGUUAAAGUUAAGCAGUCAGGCAAGCUAGAAGUGGUGGGGAGCCGCCUAGAAAACUCAUUCGAUGACACGCGCUUCCCUCACCUAUUCAGAUACUUGCCGAGUGCCUGCCGCUUGCCUGGCCCUGUACCCAGGGCCCAUCUGGGAGCCAUUCGUGCUAUAGCUGGAACCACUUGUGAAACGGCUAGUUGUGCCUAACAGACAUGCUCAGAUUCAGAAAAUGAAUUCAGAACACUUACCUGUCCCACCCGUGAAAGUGACCUUGGAGGUGUCAUUGCCCCCCACCACCCCAGUUUCUCGUCCAAGCCAACAGCUGGUGCUAGAUAGACGCUUGAUGAAUGAGCAGAUUUGACUGUUAGUUACUCUGUACCUAAAACUCCUAUCUUUACAUCAAAGCCCUGACAGAUUUGCCCUUGACAGACUGAAAUCCAGGGCUGCUGCAGGGUUCACCUCCAGGAGGCACCAUUCACGACACUGUCCCAUAAAUGGUAAUGGGCUUCCAGGGAUACUGUUUACAUAGACUGCACUCAGAACGGUGACCCUGGGGUUUGUACAAUGAGGUACCCUGUUGAAUGACCCUAAACCAGCCUCCAAAAUGUGCAGGAUCCCACAUUGGUCAGCGCCAACCCUGAGCACAGGAUCUAAAACUAUAGAUGAUGUGGCCACCCUGGCCACAACUGGAACCAAGCUGGUGGCCCGAGAGAGAGCCUCUUCUUGGAAUUGCAUGUCAGUUUCUCAUAUGCAGUUUCUUCCUAUUUUUCCCCAUUUCCCGUUUUAAAGCUAGUGGCAUACCUCACAGUCAAAUAACCAAGUGGUCAGUGUCUGGACAAUGUGCAGUAACGAGGUGGGGGCUGCAAGGGUGAGAGGCUCAAUCACCUUAACAAGGCAGGAAACCUCCCACAAAAGGCUGAUGUGUCGUCCCCAGGGCCAGCUGGACAAGGGCAUGCAGCGCAGGGGUAGGGGGAUGGAAAUAUUUUCUCUCCGGUAAACUCUGACUUCAUGUGAGCAGGCAUGGGGUCUCCCUGAGAGCUGAUAAGCGGGAAAACCAAAACCAAUAAUAUUCCUAAUAAUAAUACUAGAAUGUAAGAAUAAUCAUGUGUUUUUCACUGACCGCUGUUGCUCUGCUUUUGUCUUUAUAUACAGUAGUUUUUAUAACAAUGUCCCUAGGUUUUAAUAAAGGAGUGUCAUGUCAACUGUU